AUGUGUGCUCAGGGUGAUAUGCAUAAAGAACAUAAAUAUGAACCCCCGGAUGGGAAAUGGGGGUAUAUGAUUUGCGUUGCCGUCACUGUUAUAUUGACGGUAUUAACAGGUUUUGCUAAUAGUUCUGCUUUAAUUUAUAAAGAGAGGUUCAAUGAACUCGCGAUGGACACCACUAGUGUUGCAAUUGUGAAUAACCUUGGUGGACUUUGUGUUGCAAUUUCGGGAUUCUCAACAAGUUUCUUCCUAAAGUAUACAUCGAUACGAAAGCUUGGCUUCGUUGCAGCUUUAUUUUACAGUUUGGGAUUAUUUGGCACUGCUUUGUGCAGCUCUAAAGCAAUGUUAUUUAUAUUUCAAGGUAUUAUUAAGAAUCUCGGUCACGGAUUGUUAAUAAAUAUUUCUUUCACAAUGCUAAAUCAAUACUUCGUACAAAGGAGAAUAUUUGCUAUGAGCAUUGUACAGACUGUACCAGUUAUAGCAACAUUAGCAACACCGAUGCUAGUGAAGUGUUUCCUAGAAAGAUAUGGUCCUUAUUGGAAUCUGUUGUUGAUAUCCGCUAUUAGUUUUCACAAUAUUCUGGCAAUAAUAUUACUCCAACCUGUAUCAAAGCACAUGAAGCGAGUUGAAUUACCUGAAACCAAAGAAAUAGAAAUAAAAUCGCUCGUGAGAGAAAAGAUAUACCACCACACGAAUGUCCCAAAUACUCGGUAUAAAGUAGUAAAAAAUGCAAAUGAGAAAGCUAAGACUGGAGGCGAUCUCAUAAUGAAAUUCGUAGGAAAGGAGAUGUACAAAAAGUUCCUUUUAUCCAAUGCCUUCCUAGGCUUAUCGAUAUGUUUGUUUGCGGACGUAACAUUUUUCUCCAUGCUAUCUCCCGCAUUGUACUACAUGGGGUGGAAUGAAGCUCUAGUUAGUCGAGCGUUAGCUCUGUUCGGGCUCGGCAAUUUGUUUGCAAGAAUGUUGUUUAUAUUUAUUAGCAAGUGGCUCGGCAAAAUGGGGACGCCUGAGAUCUACGUUAUUGGACUCCUUAUAGCGUGUUUGUCGCGGUUAGGGAUGCUCUGGUCUGACAACAGAAUUAUCAUGCAGAGUUUCCUGGUGAUAGUUGGUGUCUCUCGUGCCUUCAUCACGGUGCUCCAUCCGAUUGUGAUAGCAGACUGCGUAUCACCAGACAAAUUUACAGAAGCCAUGGGAUUAUCUAUGCUAGCCUUUGGACUCGUUAGUUUUAUAUUAGGCCCUACUAUAAGUGCGAUUAGGAUGUUGACUGAUAGCUAUGCAACCGCCUUCUACAUUCUUACAUCAUGCUUUGGCAUAGUGGUGAUCUUCUGGACGAUAGAACUAGUUUACAAGAAGAACGCGCAUAAGUGGAAACCGAGACGGUCGUUGCCGGAAAAACCAUGA